ACGCGUUAAAGAUCAAUCUGUUAUUAUCACUCUGUGAUCAAAAUGGCUCGUGGAGUCAACCUUGUUUUCUUAUUUCUUCUGGUUUUUGUUUCUCCUCCAAUUUUUGCCAACAAGGUAGACGAAGAGGAAAGUUGUAGGCGAUAUGCUGGUGGGCAAGUUUAUCCGGAAAAGACUACGAUUUCGGAGCAUGCAGUUCACUGGAGCAAGGCACAAAUUUCUAAACCAGCACCACAUUGGGAAGGGACUGCUGUUGUUAAUGGAGAAUUCAAAGAGUUGAAGAUUACUGAUUUUAGAGGAAAAUAUCUGGUUUUCUUUUUCUAUCCCCUUGACUUCACUUUUGUUUGUCCAACGGAGAUCAUUGCCUUCAGUGACAGAAUUGAAGAGUUC